AUGGCCGACAAGAAAACCCUCGUCCUCGUUCUCGGCGCAACUGGGCGCACUGGACGAAGCGUCAUUGACGGUCUGCUCAGAUCCGCUGACUGGGAUCGUAUCUGCCCUACGUACAAUAUCGCUACGCUGACGCGCCCAGCCUCAGCAUCCAAACCGGAAGUGGACAUACUUCGUUCGCAAGGCGUCGAGAUCCGCAUCGGCGACUACGCCACCGACCCGCCUUCAAAACUGUCUGGGUACCUGGACGGCGUGGACGUGCUUCUGAGCACGGUGUCAGCCCAAGCGGCUGCAUCGCAGAAGCCGAUCUUGAAGACAGCGGUAGAGGCUGGUGUGAAGAGGGUCAUUCCGUGCGACUUUGGGACGCCCGGAGCCAAAGGUGUUCGAGCGCUGAACGAUAUGAAACUCGAGAUCAGAGAGUACCUCAGAGAGCUCUGCGCUACAUCUAGUGGCCUCUCUACCUACACCUUCAUCGACAUCGGGUGGUGGAUGCAGUACUUGGUACCUACGUCGUCCAAGGUCCCUUCGCCGAUCGGUCCAGGCGCGGAUGAAUACUACGCGGAAGACGACAAACCGGUGCUUCUUAUGGAUGUCGACCGUAUCGGGCCCUACGUCGCACGGAUUGUGCGGGAUGCGCGGGCAGCGAACCAGUAUAUCAUUAUAUGGCAAGACGAACUCACGUUGAGACAAUCACGCGAGAUUGCAGAAUCGGCGAGCGGGGAGGCCGAGGCCAUCCGGGCGAGACGUGUCUUGCUCGACGAGGAGACGCUACUCCAGCGCAUCGCUGAGAAAAAGGCGCAAUACAUCGCAUCAGGUGAACCGUACACGGGCCAAGUGUGCACGUACUCGGAGUACAUGAUCAGCAUCCACUUUCUGGGCGAGAACUCGCUCGCGAAUGCGAAGAGGCUCGGUGCACUCGAUGCACGGGAGCUCUAUCCCGAAAUCGUACCUGAGACGUUUGGGCUGUUCGCCAAGAGGUAUUAUGGAUGAUGGAGAGCGAAGGAGCUGGGUGCAUAGAGGACGCGGGGUUGGCAUCGAGCGCGGGCAGAGACGACACCACCGUAAGCUCAGACCAGUCCUGGCACGAGCAGACAAGUCGUCCCUCCAUUGAAUAGUAUUUCGAAUUCGAAGACUCUGUAAAGACACUUGAAUUCUGAGAGACUUCGCAGAGCUGGAAGGUGAGAAUUCGAAGAUGGUAUGUUUGCGUGCAGCCACGCACCGCAGCCACAGUCGCCCGCCGAUCGCGUCCGCAUCAGACCGAAUAUAGUAGG